AUGCAUUGUCAACUAGGGGGCCAAGCACGUGCUCUCAUUUUUUUGAUGUUGGAGAGCUGCCGCAAUUCUUGGCAUGUGUCACCGUGGUCUUCGGUCCCCUUUCUGCCGAGUCCCUGUCUUUUUUUUUCGUUUUCUGCCUUGCCUUUCCCGCAUCCGUUGUCUCAGUUCAUCGCGUGUCGGGGCUCUUCAGCAACUUGGUUGCUCCCUGUUUCUUCGGGUACCCUCGUCUUACGCUAUGCCCUGGCUGCCAGUCCACCACGCGGCACCAUGCGUCCGAGCACGAAUCCACGCAUUGCCGAGGGAGGCAGACCUUGGUUGAUCCAUGCCACUCAGCCGGGCCCGCAGACAGCUUCUGUGCUGUCGUUAUUUCCAGCAGUUAACGCGGGUUUUUUCAGUGCAUGCAGGCGGCGCCGUGGUGGCCGGCCGCCUUGUCUGCUCAACCACCGUCGCUUGCUGUUAGGCCUCGUCUCAGUUCUUACCGUCUUCCUCUCGUGUCUCCCAUUCACCACCGCAACAGUGUCGCCAGCAGCACUUCAGGAUGUCUGCUACGCCUUCGGAAAUAUUAGCAGGAAACUGAGCAGCUUCUUGGUUCCAUCCCGCGUUACGUGUCCUCGCGGCGCCACCCUCCUGAGCGGCGUCGAGGCACAAGACUCACUGGAACAUCCGGAAAUUCCCGACUUCCGUUUCCUCGUGUACGACGUUAAAAACGGGGAAGGCUUCCACCUUCAGAAGGAAGUUAUUUACCGGGUCGCACUCGUGAUCUCUCUGUUAAACGCCCGCGCGGCGCAACAAGGGAGAAUGACAGAUGUGCAUACGGCCGAAAAGGCGCGCGAGGAUCGAGGUCAUCCACAGGCGUCUCACAUGCUUUGCGCAUCCUCGUCCUUUUCACACGCAUGCUCUGCACGCUCAACGUUUCCUUUCUUCCCCAUGUGGGUCCUCGUUCUGCCUCCAUGGUGUCGGCUAGCGCACUGGCACUUCUCCGAAGAGACAAUUACGGCGAUGGCCGAAAACUCGUGGCUGAAGCACGUUCGGUGGGGUACGUUCUUUGAUUUCCAGGAUCUGGGAGAAAGACUCCCUGUGAUGGAGUACGAAGACUUUUUGACCUAUCAGCUGAUGCGUCCAGACCCCUGGGGCGAGCGACGACAGAGGAAGGAGAAGCAGACAACGCCGGUUGAGCUGGAUGUCGUCCUUUCGGUGCGCUUUUCGUCCACGCCAUCAUCCAGGAGCCUCCCGUUCUGUGCCUGUCUGUCUUCCCGCGCUUCGGAGAUAGCAGAUGAACAAGCACAAACGGACGACGUGUGCUGCAAUGUCAACGAUCUUCCAGGGUGUCCGCAGAUCCACGCCGCCUUGACGCCUGAAGAGCGUCAAAGAGCGCCUGCACAGAGAGGCGGCGACCCAAGGGAAGAGAUCGACGAACAAACAGGAGAGUUCAACGAAGGGCACAAUCCCUCUGGCGAUGGUGAACGAGAAAAGCGCAAACCGGGACGAAGAAGCGACACGAGCCGCUCAAGGAAAGAAAUACAGGAGGAAGCAAAAGUUUCAGAUACGUGGUCAGGAGUCUCCUUAUGGCUCGCAGGCUUCUGCGAAACGGUACGGGCACUGGAAAUGUGGUGCGCUAGUCUUUACAUAGCAGAUGCCCCACGCAUUGCCGAUCUGCUGUGGCGCUCAGUGGCGGAGCGCCCCCCAGGCGCAAUUCAGACUGUGUGGUUGAAGUUCGGGGAGAAUCUGUUGGUGCCUUGGCCGGAUGUGCUGCUGGACGCGCAUCUGCUCGACAUGCUGCACGUACAUCCGAAACUGCGACAAAUCGGCGACCUCUUUAUCAACAAAUUCCUCAGCAAUCGGGAUAAAACCGAAGCCGGCAAAGGAGAGAGGGCGUCUACAGAAGGUGGCACAGAAAGAGACGAAAACCUGGCGAAACACGGAUACAUUGCUGCACAUUUGAGAAGAACCGAUUUUCUGUAUUUGAAGCGUUCAGUGCCGUUGCAAAGGGCAGCGGCGUACCUCGUGAGUAGAAUGAAGGAGCACGGGGUUUUCAAGGCGUUCAUAUGCACGGACGGAAGCGAAGACGAGAAGCGAGAAUUGCGAGACGCCGUACGGCGAGUGGGCGACGCUGCUUCGUCGUCACCAUACACUGUAGUUUUUUUCGAUUUGCCAACAGUUAGACGACUGAUGAUAAAGACGCUAGAAGCAAGUAGUCACGUCUCAGACGAUGGUUCAUUCCACGACUUGAAGGCUGUAGAGACACCAGGCUACAGCGGCCCAAACCACAUUUCUCUACUUCUACAUCCAGGAAUAACAGCACUAAUUGAAGUGUGGAUUGCUGCACGUGCCGCCUAUUUCAUUGGAACCAAAGAUUCGCGUUUUUCACAAGCCAUUCGCUGGGAGCGGCACUUGAUGGGACACCCGCUCGAAUCGAGCUUGGAGGUUUUCUGCGUAGACAGCUCACCUGAUCAGACUGGUGGGCAGGCGCAAGGCAAGUGCUUUGCAACAAAAAGUCAUGAUCCUCCAGAAGGACGCAGUCGAAGUGAGCUCAGGAGGAAAUACUGGCCUUCCUUGGACCCCAGUUCGACACUGUAA